UUGUUCCCAAUUGAAUUAGACAAUAAAGAUGGUCUUUCUGUUCAUCUUCCUUUCUCACGGCGUACAAUUUUUUUAUGCCUUCUUGAUAUUACAAAGGUGGUCUUCCUCUACCUUUUACCUCCACUGUCUCUUCAUCUCCAUCUCUUACUUACCCUCUUUCAACGUUUAAUCUUCAUAUGUUCAAUGAAUUUGCUGUUUUCAUUAAAACAAUUUACUCCCACGAACUCUUUGUCUCCCUUCUUUACAAUCCAAGCUUUAUUCGAUUUGAAACCGAAAGAACAACUCAUACCCUAUAAAUAAGAGAGGUUUGCGAUUCCAAUCCCCCUACACCGACACCCUCUAAUCUUUCAUCUACUUGCCAAAAGCCAGACGCCUCCUUCAAGAAUGUAUUCCUCUGACGUUGUUGUUUCCCAAUCAGAUAUCAUUCAACCUUUGAUGCUCUCAGAUUUGGUAGGACUUCCCAAUACAUUGUUGGUCGUCUCAUCCUUUUCUGGGGUUCGCUAGGAUUCGCGCAGCAUAAAAAAACAAAUAGGUUAUGGGAAUCAUCCUCCUUUUCCUUGAUGAAAAGGUGAUUCUAGGAUUCAUCCCAUCUGCUCGCGCCGAUCACUACCGUCCAUCGUUAGUGGACGGUUCCAUUAUAAAACUUGAUAGAAAUUUAUGCUUAGGAAGUUUGAUCAUCUCCAGGCUCUUCCAAACACAAAUUUAAAACUGUCCGAUGUUGUUGUCCAAAUUCGGUAUGUGCAAGGGUCUGACCUUAACAACGCUGCAGCAACGACGAGACUUGUGGUUCGUCUUCUGAUUGAGCCGUAAGCCAAAAACCACGGAACGACGCUGCAGCAAUGUUUCGCGGUCUCCUAAUACAGGUGAUAAAACUCAGUCCGUAAUGGUGGUUACAACUGUGAAUCCAAAGAUAUUCGGAGAUAAUCUCUAUUUGAACACAAUACCAGCAACCAAAUUUUAUUUUGACACCAAUCUUCCUGCCAUCAGAAAGUUCACAGCCAGCUUGGGAGGUGCAGCAGGAGAGAUCGGAACACUUUCAUCUCCAACUCUAGUGAGCAGAUGCGAGAAGCUGAUUUCAUUUGCAAAGCUCGGAUUGUUGAGGUCCUCCACCAGAAUGGCUGGCCGUUCGUUGCUUGCACCGGGUGCAACAGAAGUUGGACAAAUAUGGCACUUCUCUUCGUUGCAACAAAUGCGUUUCUCCCAACGUUACCGGUGUUACCAGAGGUUCCGUGUCGAGCUAUCAGUUGAUGACGGCAACGAUAAUGCUACGUUUGUGGUCUUCGACAUGGAGAAGACUAAGCUCACUAAGAGAGAUGCUGCUGAUAUGGGUCAUGAGCUUCACCCUGUAUGUGUUUCUCUAAACCCUGAAACAAACUACAGAUGAAUGGCGUUGGAGGGCAGGAACUACCGACAUGUCUUGAAGAGCUUGCUAGAAAGGAAUAAUACGUGUCACUUCAUAUAUUUUCACAUCAAACCAUCGUACCUUCACCGUCUCUACAAUAAGAGAAAAUAGCUUCUUUGACACCAAACCAAAACGUUUUCUUCUUGCUAAUUUGAAAUAACACAUUUACAACUAUCUCAGAGAGUAGCAGCAACAACCAAGCCCCAGUUGUUGAAGGGGAAGGUGGAGAAACAGCUGCAUCUGCCAGCAACACUGCUGCAGCAGGAGACGAUGAACCAAAUCCUCCCGGUUUUGAAGCGAUAGAGAAUAGCCGCAAACGCACGCGUGAGUGAUAGUUCCAAGCCCGUCCUGCUGUCAACCCCACUUAGCUUUCGUCUGUUUCGAAUUUCCUAACUUGCUAUGAUUUGAAUCGAUUAUAUAUGAUUUUCAACUUUGAUUUUUCUCUUAAAUUUCUGGCUAAGUCUCUCCCACGAGGAGGACAAUUACUAAAUUUUUUU